AUGGUUCUCCUCAACCUGCUGACACUGGGACUAUGGUCAAAGCUCGGGCGUCUGACACACUACGCCGUCGAUGCCGUGCUCAUUUCCACGGUCCUCGCCGGCAUGAAGCGCUCCACUGGCUUGACGCCUAGUUUCAAGACCGACAGAGCUGCUGGCGAAAACAAGGACGUUUCAAAAUGGAUCGACAAGUACCUCGGCGUCGGUGAAUGGGUCAUGGAUCAGUCGGUCGCUAUUGCUGGGUCCAGCGGCUGGUUCGAGAGGUCUCGGUAA